CAACUCUCCACAGCCCCUCCGUCCCAAAUCCAACGCCCGCCACGGCCUUCCUCUCCCGGACAGCCGGCUCACCCGAACCUGCCAUCCACGCACUUACGUCCUCCUUCAAGGACUCUGUCCCAACAGUUGUCGGCGUACAACAGCAGCAGCUUAAGCCUCAACAGUUUGAGCAGCAGCAGAAGCAGCACACCUGCCAAGACUCAGCCCCCUCCUGCCCAUAUCGGCCACCCCCCCUCGGCGUCCCCCUUCCCCCUCUCUCUUCCGAACCACAGCCCUCUUCAUACUUUUCCACCCGCCCUCCAACCUCCCGCCCACUCCCAUCACCCCAAUAUGUUUGCCCCUCCCACGGCAUUGCCCCCGCCUCCUCCUCUGACGUCGGGGACGUUGCAAGUUCCAGGUCAUCCCGCCGGGAGCACUUACUCCGAGCAAGACCUCCUACGCCAGGAGCUGAACACGAGAUUUCUGGCGUCCCAGAGCGCCGACCGGGGCGCCUCGCUGGGCCCGCCGCCCUACUUGAGGACGGAGUUCCACCAGCAUCAGCACCAACACCAGCACACCCACCAACACACUCACCAGCACACCUUCACGCCUUUCCCCCACGCCAUCCCGCCGACCGCCAUCAUGCCGACGCCAGCACCUCCCAUGUUUGACAAAUACCCAACAAAAGUUGACCCCUUCUACCGACACAGUUUGUUCCACUCCUACCCUCCAGCUGUGUCAGGAAUCCCUCCCAUGAUUCCUCCGACCGGUCCUUUUGGCUCGCUGCAGGGAGCGUUUCAACCCAAGACGUCUAAUCCUAUCGAUGUCGCAGCAAGACCUGGAGCUGUCCCACAUACGCUUCUGCAGAAAGAUCCCCGGUUGACAGACCCAUUCCGGCCCAUGUUGAGGAAACCAGGAAAGUGGUGUGCGAUGCAUGUUCACAUUGCCUGGCAAAUUUAUCACCAUCAACAGAAAGUGAAGAAACAGAUGCAAUCAGAUCCUCAUAAACUGGACUUUGGCUUGAAACCUGAAUUUCUAAGCAGGCCGCCGGGCCCCAGUCUUUUUGGGGCCAUCCACCAUCCUCACGACUUAGCCCGGCCGUCAACCCUCUUCUCCGCAGCCAGUGCUGCUCACCCCGCUGGCCCCCCGUUCGGCCAUCCGCCACAUCACAGCAACUUUCUCAGUCCAGCUGCGCAUUUAGAGACUUUUAAUCGGCCCACGACGUUCACCAGUCUCGCAGCCGUGAGCGGCAAUGCCUUCGGGGGACUCGGGAACCCUGCAGUUACUCCCAACACUAUGUUCGGCCACAAGGAUGGCCCCAGUAUGCAGAACUUUAGCAACCCUCACGAGCCCUGGAACCGUCUGCACCGAACUCCUCCUUCGUUCCCGACCCCUCCGCCCUGGCUGAAGCCAGGGGAGCUGGAACGCAGUUCGUCUGCUGCAGCUCAUGAGAGAGAUAGAGAUGUAGAUAAAGGAGACUCUUCUCUUAGUAAAGAUGACAAAGAAAGGGAGAGUACUGAGAAGAGACACCCCAGUCAUCCUUCACCAGCAGCUAUCCAUUCCACAAAUACUCUUGGACAUAGCCGUAGCUCAGCUGAACAGAUCAGGAACCAUCUGAACCCUGAGGUUCGAGACAAAGAGAAACCCAAAGAGAGGGAUCACUCCGAGUCUCGGAAGGACGUUAGUGUUGAUGAGCACAAGGCGAAGGACAACUACAUUUCAGAAAAAGAAGGCCUGACCCACGAGAACAGAGCAUUGGAAGAGUCUAAACAAACAUCUCGGGUGCCCUCGCCCUAUGUCAGGCCCCCGGUUGUGGAGAGUACCAGACCUAACAGCACCUCUAGCCGAGAAGCUGAUAAAAAGAACGAGGCAGUAUAUGAGAGCUUGAAGAAGGCCAGUGAAGUCAAGGUGAAGGAGGAAAGAAAGGAAGAUCAUGAAGUUCCAGCUGAAGCACCACAGACACAUCGGCCAUCUGAGCAAGCACCUCCUAUGCCUGCAUCCAACAUCCAUCCAGGCCCAUUGGUAUCAAUGCCCAUGACAGUGGGUGUGACUGGUAUCCAUCCCAUGAACAGCAUCAGUGGCCUGGACAGGACUCGCAUGAUAACACCUUUCAUGGGGAUCAGCCCAAUUCCAGGCAGCGAACGAUUCCCUUACCCAUCUUUCCACUGGGAUCCAAUGAGGGAUCCAUUGAGGGAUCCCUACAGAGACUUGGACAUCCAUCGGAGAGACCCCCUGGGCAGAGAGUUCCUCCUACGGAAUGACCCACUUCACCGUCUCUCUGCACCCCGGUUAUACGACGCAGAGAGGUCUUUCAGGGACAGAGAGCCACACGACUACAACCAUCACCACCACCACCACCACCCGCUUUCCGUUGACCCUCGUCGUGAGCACGAAAGGGGGGCCCACCUGGACGAGCGGGAGCGGUUACACAUGCUCCGAGAGGACUAUGAACACGUCCGGCUGCACUCGGUUCACCAGGCCGCCUUGGAAGGACACUUGCCUCACCCCAGUUUACUUACCCCCGGGCUUCCCAGCAUGCACUACCCCAGAGUCAGCCCUCCCUCGGGGCUUCAAAAUGGGAUCCUCAACAAGACUCCUCCCACAGCAGCACUUAGCGCCCCUCCCCCUCUCAUUUCCACCCUGGGACCCCGCCCAAGCUCUCCCCGAAGGACUACUCCUCUCUCAACGGAAAUCCGGGACCGGCCGCCUUCCCACACACUCAAAGACAUAGAGGCACGAUAAAACUGGGAGGAUGAGCC